GCCACCAUAGUGGACCAAGCCGGAUGACAACGAUGCGAAGCGAUCGCCGGGGCCGACGCAUGCUGCGUCCAUGGAGCGAGCCGACCGAGGAAGCCGACCUGAAGCGCGAGUACCCGUACGUGGACCUCUACGUCCGGGUAACGCGGCAGAUGAUCGGCCUUGACGCGCCCGACCUGGCGCCAUGCAGCACGACCGGAUUGCACCUGCGGCCGAUCCAGCACCACGCGGUGCGACCCCAGCAUGACAACAAGGUCAGCGUCACAAAGGGCACGAAGAAGGAUGAUGUCCAAGCCAAGACGAUGCGCACGAUCGAGAUGUACCUCGGGCACCUCGCGAUCAUCAUGGAUGAGCACGUCUGCGUCACGACGCUGCCCCGGUCGUUUGCCGAGCUCAUGGAGACUGUCGCGUCCCUUCGACCCAACCAAGACCGCGUCUGGUCCCACCACGAAGCGUUGCCACGCUUUGUGAUCCACGACGAGCUCUCGUACCUCUGCUUCACCAACACCCAAGUCCGCUUCGUCUACAUCUUCUAGUGCAUCUCGCCUCGUUGUCUUGCAUUCUCUCGCCCAAG